GUCUAGAACAUGCAUUAUAUUCCAUGACGUAUCAUGGCUUCAUGACAUCACCAUCAGACCACUUCUUUGCAGCAUAUCGAAUAUCGAAUACGCAAGCUGCAAGCUACAUCUGCCUAUUGACCGUCGCUACGAGCCGAACACACCCUGAUAGGUUCCCUAAUUGAUGUCCCCUGUAUGAUCCCACUCCCGCAGGCCCAAAUGUGGUCCAGCCUUCCACCAUGAUUGCUGUUUCUCAGUGCUUCUUGCAGAGCUGCUUUGAGAAGGGCACCGAUUGCAUGGCGUGGGCACAUUCCGCAGGUACAUGUAGUGUCCAUUGGAUAUCUAUCACACCUAUAUAAUGACCAACUGUACCUCAAAUGAUCAAACCUUGUCUUCCCACAACUUUCAACCCCGCAAAUCAACUACCCUCAAUUCCCUCGCACACUCCUCCACGGUCCCCUAAGCCAAUUGGUUCUCACCACCAGCAGCAAUUGUACAAUGGGUGACUCGGAAGAGAUUGAGAGCAUCAGUCCGUACGGACCUGCUCGUUCCACCGUCAAGGGCAACCCUUUGUCCAAGGAGGAGAUCGAGAAAUACAAUGACUUCUUCAAGGCGAGCCUGUACCUCGCCCUUGGCAUGAUCUACCUCCGGGACAACCCUCUGUUGAGACAACCACUCGAGCUCAAACACGUCAAAGCUCGACUUCUCGGCCACUUCGGCUCGGCGCCUGGCCAGAUCUUCACUUACAUGCACUUCAACCGUUUAAUCAAGAAAUACGAUCUUGAUGCGAUUUACAUCUCGGGGCCUGGCCAUGGCGCUCCUGCCGUGCUCUCUCAAGCCUACUUGGAGGGCACGUACUCGGAGGUUUAUCCCGACAAGUCAGAGGACGAGGAUGGCAUGCAGAGAUUCUUCAAGGACUUCUCCUUCCCCGGCGGCAUUGGGUCGCAUGCCACGCCCGAGACCCCCGGCAGCAUCCACGAGGGUGGAGAAUUGGGAUAUUCCAUCUCGCAUGCUUUCGGCGCCGUCUUUGACCAUCCAAGCCUCAUUGCUCUGACUGUAGUUGGCGAUGGUGAGGCCGAGACCGGUCCGCUCGCAACGGCGUGGCACAGCACCAAAUUCCUCAACCCUAUCACUGAUGGCGCUGUGCUGCCCGUUUUGCACCUGAACGGCUACAAGAUCAACAACCCGACCAUCCUGGCCCGGAUCAGUCACAAAGAGCUCGAGAGCCUGUUCAUCGGCUACGGCUGGCAGCCGUACUUCGUCGAGGGCGACGACAUCGAAUCCAUGCACCAGGCACUAGCCGCCACACUCGAGCGCUGCGUGGUUGAGAUCAAGAAAUACCAGAAGGAAGCCCGUGACUCAGGCAAGGCUCUCCGGCCUCGGUGGCCAUUGGUCGUUCUCCGAACCCCCAAAGGGUGGACUGCCCCUCGCAAGGUCGACAACAAGUUCCUUGAGGGUUUCUGGCGUUCACAUCAGGUGCCAAUAACGGACGUGCGCGAGAACCCAAAGCACCUCGAGCUUCUGGAAAGCUGGAUGCGAAGCUACGAGCCCGACCGCCUGUUCAAAGACGCCAGGAUUAGCAAGGAACUGAAGGAGGCCCUCUGCCCCACUGGCAGCCGACGUAUGAGCGCCAAUCCUGUCGCCAAUGGCGGCACCAUCAAGAAGCCCCUGAAAAUGCCGAAUUUCCGCGACUAUGCUAUCAAGGUCGAUAAGCCGGGUGUCACGUUCGAUGCGAGCAUGGUGAACAUGUCAGCCUACCUGAGAGAUGUUGUCGCCCUGAACAUGACAAGCUUCCGUCUCUUUGGCCCCGAUGAGACGGAGUCGAACAAGCUAGGAAAGGUGUAUGAAGCGGGAAAGAAGGUAUGGAUGGGCGAGUACUUUGAGGAGGAUAAGGAUGGCGGCAACCUGGCUCCUGCCGGGCGCGUCAUGGAGAUGCUCUCGGAGCACACCUGCGAGGGCUGGCUCGAGGGCUAUAUCCUUACCGGCCGCCAUGGCCUCCUCAACAGCUACGAGCCCUUCAUCCACGUCAUCGAUUCCAUGGUUAACCAGCACUGCAAAUGGAUCGAAAAGGCGCUGGAGGUCGAAUGGCGAGACAAGGUCGCCUCACUCAACAUCUUACUGACAGCCGUGGUCUGGAGACAAGAUCACAACGGCUUCACACACCAAGACCCUGGCUUCCUCGAUGUCGUGGCCAAUAAGAGUCCCGAAGUCGUCCGCAUCUACCUGCCACCUGACGGAAACUGCCUCCUCUCAGUCAUGGACCACUGUUUCCGGUCCUCCAACUACGUCAACGUUAUCGUCUCUGACAAGCAGGAGCAUCUUCAAUACCUGUCCAUGGAGGAAGCUGUCGUACACUGCACGAAGGGCAUCGGUAUCUGGCCUCAGUUCAGCUCUGACGCGGGUGAAGAGCCCGACCUUGUGAUGGCGUCCUGUGGCGAUAUUCCGACACACGAGUCACUCGCCGCGAUCGACCUGCUAUUGCGACACUUCCCCGAACUGAAGAUCCGCUGUGUCAACGUGGUCGACCUCUUCAAGCUGAUCUCACACAUUGACCACCCGCACGGCCUCACGGACCGCGAAUGGGUCGGUCUCUUCACCGCCGACAAGCCCAUCAUCUUCAACUUUCACAGCUACCCCUGGCUGGUGCACCGCCUCACCUAUAAGCGCCCUGGUAGCAUCAAUCUGCACGUCCGCGGGUACAAGGAGAAGGGCAACAUUGACACGCCGCUCGAGCUGGCCAUCCGCAACCAGACGGACCGGUUCAGCCUCGCCAUGGACGCCAUCGACAGGAUGCCCCACCUGCACAACCGCGGCUCGGCGGCGCGGGAGGCCCUCCAUAACGAGCAAAUCAGGGCUCGGAACGAGGCCUACGAGACCGGGAUCGACCCGCCGUUCCUGAAGAAUUGGACGUGGCAGGAGAAUGUCACAAAGGCGAAGAAGGCCUGAGACGGAGGCAGCAGCCAGCAUCUUCCGCUGAUGGUUCUGAUGCCAAAGGAAGGCCGAUAUUGAGGCUGGGUAUGGGGGGUUACGAGCCUAAUGAAAGAGGGAACUGUAGGCUGGUGUUCAGGUAUCAUAAUAGAACCAUAUUCGAUUUCGACUACAUUAACCUCAGACUCACCUCAUUGAGAACAUAUCCUGGGGUGGAAUCCUGUGUUGGCUUCGUCCCUUCGCGGUAGGGAGGACGCUCCUAGAACAAAGAAAGUAGCAGCAGCUUGCAAAUUGGUUAUAUAUAUACCUACGCAAGGACACGAUUUUCUAUAUUAAUUGAAUACUUGAUUGCUAAAGA